GUAAACCGCGACAGUUAGUGAUACUUGGAUACCCCAACAGAACCAACCAACUUUUCUUCCCGCCAUUUUCUUCUUCUUCCAGUGAAUGAACUCUGCAACUCUGAUGUGAAUGAAUGAACGAAUGCAACUUCACUUCACUUUGUUUCCCUAAUUCACUGACAAGAACAAGUUUUGCGAGCACCGAUUGAGCAAAAGAUGGCAACUUUGAUGUCAAAGAUGCUCAAGAAGAUGAGCUUCUUCAUUCUCCUCUUCUGCAUCUUCCUCUCUUUCAACACCAACAACAACAGCAGCAACAGCAGAAUAAGCAUCACAACCACAACCACCUCCUCUUUCUGUAACCCCUCUUCUUCCUCUUCUGCUUCUUCUUGUUCUUCUUCGCACUCUCGUUCUGUUCCUCUGGACUCGUUUUCCAAUUACCCUGUCUCGUUAUCUGUCAAGAUCAAUGGUGGUGUUGGUGAAGAUGAUGACGACGAUGAUGAUGAAUUUGGUGUUCUUGACGCUGGUGAUAAUGAUGAUGAUGACAAAAAUGAUUCUUCUGACGAUGAUGAUGGUGGUGGUGAGUCACUUCAGUAUGAUUACUACCGAAAUUCGUGCCCCAAAGCAGAACGAAUUGUUCGCUCCACCAUGCAACAUAUUCACCGCACCAAACCCUAUUUGAUUCCAGCUAUCCUUCGCCUUGUUUUCCAUGAUUGUUUCAUUCAGGGAUGUGAUGCUUCGGUUUUGUUAGAUGAUGAUGAUUACAUUGAUUCAGAGAAAGAGGCACCUCCCAAUGGAAGCCUCAAAGGUUUUGAUGUAAUUGAAACCAUCAAAUCCAAGCUUGAAGAAGCUUGCCCUAGAAUUGUUUCUUGUGCCGAUAUUCUUGUACUAGCUGCUAGAGACUCUGUGGCUCUGGCUGGUGGCCCCUUCUAUCCAUUAUAUACCGGCCGGAGAGAUGGUUCGAACUCUUAUGCUGACAUUGCAACGUAUGAGCUUCCUUCGCCCUAUUCUGAUUUAUCACACACCCUUAAUUCCUUCAAAGCAAAGGGAUUUGAUGAAAGGGAGAUGGUCACUCUCCUAGGUUAGUCUCAUUCUUUUCACUUCUCUUCGUAUUAAUGGGUAACAAUACCUUCAGGUUUGAUUAUAUUGAAGCAGCUGAUAUAUAUGACCCUUCUUCCCUAAAGUUUUAGGGCAAUGAUUGUAUAUUUCAGAACCUAACUGUUUAGGACAUGCAUCAAUGCAUCAUUUGCUAACAAAAUCACAUUAAUGCAUGAAUAUAAG